AUGGAAGGGUCCCAGCUGGUUUUGGCAUUAGUUGGCGGAAUAGUGAGUGUCGUCUUAGUAUUUCCAGUUUUUCAGAUGUUAUAUAGGCUGUUCAUUCGUCCAUUUCUCAAUCCCAACCCAAUCAAAAAAUACAAAAACGAAGGUGCUUACGCGUUUAUCACUGGCGCUACUUCGGGUGUUGGAAAGGCUUUUGCUGAACGUUUUGCCAAUGAAGGGUUUAAUCUCAUCAUCUCAGCAAGACGGGAACAAAAUCUCACCGAACUCAAAAACGAACUUGAGAGCAAAUACAAAACGAAUGUAGUAGUCCAAGUCUCCGACUUCUCAAUCGACUCAAAAGAACAAUGGGAAACUAUUCACAAACUAUUUGAAACUUACAAAAUCAGAGUGUUGAUAAAUAACGUAGGAAAGUCGUCACGUGGCACUUUUGCGGGUGAGACGUGUGAUGAAACUCAAUCACUCAUCAAUCUCAAUCUUUGGACGCCUGUCAAACUAUCUCAUUUUUUUAUCUCAACAAUACCUCAACAUGAACAGGGGUUGAUUAUAUAUAUGGGAGGUGCAUUAGGAGAAUUUGUCACUCCGUUUUGCACUACAUACUCGUCUUCAAAAGCAUUUGUUAAUUUGUUUGGACAGUGUUUGUCUUAUGAAAAUGAAAAUGUGGCAUGCACUGUAUUUUCCCCAUGGUUCAUUUCAACCGAAAUGACUCAUCACAAACAACCCAAUCUUUCGGUUCUCACGCCAGAGCAUUUUGUUGCGUUGGCAAUGAAGCACGUGGGUCUCACAAAUUUCUGUUGCCCACAUUGGUUCCACUAUUUGCAAGGAAUAGGUUACUACUGUUUCCCUGAUAAAGUUAAGGCGGCCAUAAACAAAAAGAUGAUUCCAAAGAAAGACCAGUAA